UAAUUUUGACCGACCGACAACUAAUACUAAGGUUUAGAGGUAGACAUGGAGUAUUUCUCGUGACAAUGUUUUAAAAAAAGGACAUUCGAAGACAUUUGAGACAGAAGUAUCAUCUCACUACUCAAAUACAAAUCUAAUAUAUCAUCCGAGUUCCGACAAUUAGAGUGGAUCUAAAUGGAUGAAGAGAGACGAGACGAAGAAGAAGUUUCUCAUAUUUGUAUCCCUUUUCAAUUCUUGAACGAAGCUCUCAAGACCUUCCUAAAGUGUCUUGGUCUCCAUAUUUCUCCUUCUCCUUCAAUUUCCUCGGCAUCUUCGGAGGAGGCUACACAAGACGUUGUGUCAACAAGGGGCGGCGUGAUAGUCAAAUCGAAGAAAGCCGCGAGAGAGCUACCUAGCUCCGGAAAGCCAGGCCGCCGCAACUAGGAGUUUGAUUGGUUUUCUUGCAGCCGCCAAUAAACCCUUUAUUAAGAGAUGAUUGCGGUUGCAAGUACUUGACUCAUAAGUCCUAGGCUCAUAGCAUCUCAUAUUGAUCUAAAUUAAAAAAAGUUUUGUUUUUUUAAGUGUUUGCAGUAACGAACAUUAGUGACACUUUUUUUUUAGUGAUAGGUUACAAUAAUAAGUUUUUCUAAAUUUAUGCCAAAUUUGUCAAAAAUUCCCAUCUUUCAAGUUUCAACAUGAUCUAUUUAUCUUCUAUCAACAAAUUUCAUAUAAAAAAUUUCUAUACUUUUUUUUGCUGGUAUCAAACUUUUCUAUACUUGAUACGUACGUACACAUAUAAUAGUUGAAUUUUUGACUAACUGUAAUUACGGUAAAUAUUAAUUAGUUUCACACAUGCACCCGUUUUCAACUGCUAUAUAUGUUAAUCGUAUAAAUCGUUAGUAAACAUUUUUUUUCUUGGUAAGGAUCGUUAAUAAACAUUUUAGU